GAGGUGCAAUUGAAAAAAGAGCAAAACACAACCAAAGAGAUUGAUAAAGCUGUGGUCUGGAAAGUUGGUCAUAAACAGCGCAAAGGAAAGAAACCACAUCCUGGUGUUGUAGAAUCUUUUGAAAAACUUGAAAAAUCUCAAGCAGAGCAUGGUGCUGAUUGUGGAUCAUCGCAAAGGCCUUUGGCGAGGACAAGAAAACUAAAGGGAGGAAUUGGUUUUGGAGCGACACGAAAAAAGGUUGUUACCCAGUCCCAAUAUAAGUUGAUGAUUAGAGAGUGUCAGGAAUCCUAUAGAGAACUGAAUGAUCGGAUGGUGCAGUUAGAGGUAAGGAACUCAAAAUGUGUCUGCAAUGGAGUCUCACCUUCUCACAGGUCAAGUCCAAAAGCCAGCAACAACCAAGAGGCUAGCACUAGCAGGAUUGUUCUCUGCAAUGAAAGAUACUCAACUCAUACCACUCUUAGUCCUGUCAGGAGACCAAAUGAGGUCCAAGGGCCAGAGAUAUUCCAAGCUUGCAAGUUGUUAAGCUGGUAUAAGGAGGGCGAGGUGGUUGCAGAGGCUGAAAUUGGUGAAACAGAUCCAAGUAAUGAGAUACAUGGAAUGCCAAUAGGUCUUGGAGCAUACACUGUAUGUGUGAAGGUUGCUUAUGUGGCGGAUGCUCAUGUCUACAGAGCGACUUCAGAAGUCAAAUAUGUUGGUGAAGCUGUUUCAAAUUUUAUCACAUGGCCCAAGGAUCGAAUAUCCUACCAGUAGACUUCUUAUCUUUUUGGAGACUUAUCUUUGAUCUUUUUGGAGACUUAACUUUUCGUAACAAACAUUAUCACUGCCACUUUUUUUUUUGUAUGUUUUCUGUAUAUUACAUUGGUAUGUGAAUGCUGUUUGGUUUAAUUUGAAUGAAUCUUUCACCUUCAGAGCCA